GCCUAGAGUUUUCGUAGGUCCUGGCGAGUAAAAAAAAGUUCUUUGACACACAUAUGACAAUGACAUUUUGUUAGUGUCAUGUCGAUCUGCUGUCGAUAAAAUAUCGUAUUGAAUAAAUAGAGAGUAUUUCACAGGAUUUAAAGAUGGGAGGACACGGUCACGGACACGGACCUCCGUACACUGUGCCGAACUACAAACAGUUCAACAUCAAAGGCAUCCCUCAGCUGGAAGAGCUUGAAAAAGCUCUUGCAAAGAAAGGUCUCUGUGACCCUUGGAUCAGAAAUGAAGCCUGGAGGUACCACCCUGGAUUUGGCACUCGCUGGGCUCGUGCCAACAAGACGUUCUUCCGUGGGCUGCCGCUAGGCCUCGCCCUGGCGGUGAUCACGGUGGGCGUGAGCAAGAUGUUGGGCGGCGGCGACCACGCGCACGCGCACGACGAGCACUGACCUGUUGCGCCCUAUGCUAGUGUUUUUGUUUAAUAUAUUUCAUAUUGUUAGUGAA